CUCUAGGCUUGCAACGGCUGGGCGAAGCGGUGAAGGCUCUUUGGGCAGUAGCGGGGAGCAACACCUAAGGGGCCUCCCAGCUUCUUUUUUGACCCAGUUUACGGAACGCCUUAGGGCAGGGGGAAGGACAACUCCCCAGUGAGGAGUUGAGGGACGUGGAGGUGGGGAAGGCCCCCCGACCGGAGCAGCGUGGGCCGGAGGUGAAGGAGGUCGUCAACUCCAGGGUACAAUGUCAGAACAAGAGCGUAUACAGGACUGUCUGAGGAAAGAAAUAAGGUCACUUCUUAUUUCCACUAAAGAUGGUUUGACCCCACACCAGUUGGAAAAGGAGUACCUUUUGAUGGUUGGCAACCGUCUACCACUCCGAAUCCUUGGGUACCGGUCCACUAUGGAGCUGGUGUCGGACAUGCCCGAUGUGGUUAGUGUCUGCCCCUGUGGGGAUGGUGGUGUAAUCCUGAAAGCCAUACCAGAUGAAUUCACCAAAGGAAUCGCAAGUUUAGUCGCAAAGCAGAGGAGUAGCCAUAAGGUUCAAAACUCCAUGCAGAAGAGAAGGGCCAGUGUUUGCUCUGGGACAAGUUCUCGUCGAGUGCCUUACCGAGGAAGGGUAUCCCCUAUUCUUCCUGCAGUUGUGAAGAGUGAGUUGAAAGACCUCUUGGCAUUGUCUCCUGUUCUCCUUUCUGAUUUUGAAAAGGCAUUUGCCAAGAGAUUUGGACGAUCAUUUCAAUAUAUGCAAUAUGGAUUCAUCUCUAUAUUUGAAGUGCUGAAUGCAGCUUCAGAUAUUAUUUCUAUAGAGCAGACCAGAGCAGGUUCUUUAUUGAUGCUGAAGAAGAGUGUAUCAGAGGAAAAGCAUAGAGUAUGGCCAACAGGUGAAAUUUUUACCCAGCCAUUUAGAAUGAAACAACGAGGGUCAUAUUCUGCAGGCUGUCCAGUUGCAAAGCCAUAUUUUUCUCCACCAACUUCAAAUAUGGAACCACCAAAGCAAAUAAUGAGUGUGGAGAAGACUUCCACAUUCAGUGUGGGGAAGACUUCAAAGCUGAAUCACACUGAAAAAUUAAACCAGUUGGAGAACUCAUUCAAGUCAGUCAUUGCACAAAUUGGACCUGGAGGGACAGUUGAUCCAGAACUAAAACAUAAGAUAAAAUGCGUUGUAUCUAAGUUUCCAGAGGGUUUGUUUAUUUCUAAACUGCUUGGAGAGUUUGAGGCAAUUUUUAAAGAGCAACUUUCACCAAAGAACUUGGGCUUCUUAAAUGUGACAGAACUUGUUGGAGCUCUAAGUGACAUUCUUCGUGUUGAGUUUAGGGAAGGAGAACAAGACUUGUUAGUGUUUGUUGCUGAUAUGAAGGCCGUACUACCUGAUGGAGAUGCUUCAUCAAUCAGAAAUUCGUGUUUUGUUCAAUCAAAUAAGAAAAUAGAACCCAAAGCUUAUGUCUCCAGUCCUAGAAAUUCACCGUCUACUGCUGCUAUUAAGGAGACUAUGUGGGAUUGCUCUUUGAAAAAACAUAAAGAUCCAGAACCGAAGAUUUGUAAGGAGCCUAAACUGGUGGAACUAGAAAUAAACAAACCACACAUCAACUUGUCAGUGGCAAAUCACGAUAUCCCACCAGAUGCUGUACAAGAAAAGAAAUUAUGCAGACUUCCACCAUUAGAUACAAGUACCCUUGUGGGGGUCUUCGUGGAGUACAUUAUCUCUCCUAGUCAAUUCUACAUCCGAAUCUAUAGCAGAGAUUCAUCAGAGUUACUGGAAGACAUGAUGAUUGAAAUGCGGCGCUGUUACUCUAACCAGCUUGUUUCUGAUCGCUAUACCAUGCCGGAACAUUUUAUCCAACCGGGACAUCUCUGUUGUGUAAGGAUUUCUGAGGAUAAGUGGUGGUAUCGGGUUGUUAUCCAUCGGGUCCUUGGGAAAAAUGAAGUUGAAGUGUUCUACCCAGACUUUGGAAAUAUUGGAACUGUGCAGAAGUCCUCUCUGAGGUUCCUGAAGUGCUGCUACGCAAAGCUCCCAGCUCAAGCUAUCCCUUGUUCUUUGGCUUGGGUGAGACCACUAAAGGAACACUGGACAUCAAGAGCUAUUUUGCAGUUCCAGAAGUUAUGUGGUUUGAAGCCAUUAGUGGGAGUAGUGGAUGAAUAUAUAGAUGGAAUCCUUAACAUUUUUCUGUGUGAUACAUCUUCAAAUGAAGACAUUUAUUUCCAUCAUGUCUUGAGAACAGAGGGCCAUGCUAUUGUAUGUCGAGAAAAUGUCCCUUCUAAGGGUUUCAGAGACUUAAACCCUUUAGCUUUAUACACUGAAUCCAGUGGCGGGCCGGUUGAUGUCAUGACAGAGCUGGGUUAUCUUUCCCAGCACCACUAUUUUAAUGAAGACCGAAAGAUAAGUCCACAGUCUAAAGAGACUGAAUUACAAGCCCUGGAACCAUUAAAGGAUUCUGAAUUCAAUUCUUUGAAAACUCAGAACUGUGAAGAUGAUCCAAAGUGGUCCAUCACAGAGCCAAAGGAUCUGGAGGAAGAAAGUGAGAAAAGCUGUUCCACUUCGCCUUUGCACCAGCAGUAUCAGAGUUCAAUUGCUACACAUUUUUGUCAGCACUCGAUAUUGCCAGAUGAUAUCCCCACUGGCAUGCCAUGUCUAGAGUCAGUUACCAUAGGUGAUGAUAUUUGGGAUGAGAACUGGCUGAAAAUGGGAAAGGAAGGUGAUGCUGUCUCCCAUCUGUUUACCUCAAGUCUUGGUGGAAAGAAACAGUAUUCAUCAUGUGAAGAAAUACCACAAAAGGAUUGUUGUUUUUCUCAACUCAAAGAUAAAUGGGAUGAUUUAUGGCAGCCUUCAGGCCUUAUGAAUGGAAUGAAAGUAGAAAUUAAAAAACCAGAAGAGCUGAAUUCUCAAAAAAUAAAUACUGAUACAACCAAGAUUGAAAAGGAAAUAGAUUUGGAAGAGUCUUUGGAUUCUUCCACAUUGCCCAAACUGGAAGAGUUUUACAUCUCUUUUAUUCAGUCACAGCAGUCAGCAGAAGGGAGCCAUUUUGAACCUAACAGCUUUCUUACUCAGCCACAGCAAAUCCGGCUAUCCACAGCAAUAUCCAGUUCAACUCCUACAGUGCUUGACACCCCACAAAAGGACUCUGCUUCUGUAGGAAGCUCUCCAGGGAGCCGAAAGAAUCAAGAUUUUUCCAGCAGUUCUAUUCCAGCAUUCAAGGACAAGAGUCAAGGAUCUAUGGACCAACUGUCUUUUAUUUUGUCUCCAGAGCACAAGAUUUCUCAGAAGCUCUACAUUCCUCGAAGCACAGCCACUGCUGCCUUAGGGGCUGCUGCACGGUUAGCUACCUCCAGGAGCUUCCUGCGUUGGUACCCGACUGUGAAAGGGAUGGAAGCAUGAGGGAAGGGGGAAGAGUUUAAAGAGUAGUAUUUGAUCUUGACCUUUUCCAAGGAAUCAACCAAAGUACCAUAAAGUGAAACUACAUGUGUUUAACUGCAUUCCCAACAAGUAGGUGUCACUUCUCUCAGUCACCAGUGUUUUGGAUCAUUGGCCUACUAGAACCAGAAUCCUUGUAAACACUGCCUUUUUAACUCUGUACACAUAAAAUGUUAACUGUCCAGAAAAGGACUUUUAUAAUACUUAGUCAUACCACUUUUCAUGUGAAUUUGAGCAUUGAGCCAUAUGACAAAACUGAGUAGAGAAUGUAUUCACAGCUAAACCUUUUGGGGUU